UCCUCCCCCUCUCUCUCUCUCUAAUAUCCCUCUCAGAAGAGAGAGGGGUUAACCCUUUUUGCCGAAUUUGACCCUCGGAUUCCCUUCGAUUUACACUCCCUUGCCAUCCCCCCAUUUUCUUCCCUCGACCGCGUAAUCUCCUACUGAAGCCUCCAAGUCCCGGCGCGUUUUGCUGUUUGUGCUGAUCCGGACCAAUACGGCGUAAUUUUUGCUUCUGCGGCGGAGCUUCGGGUUGUGGUUUUGGUCCGUCUGUUAAUAUGGAGAGAUCUAAUGGCACAGAUUUCAGGGACGUGCUUGAGAGUUCCUCGUCAGAGAAUAAACUCUUUGAUGCAUCACAAUAUGAGUUUUUCGGUCAAAAUGUGGUGGAUGAAGUUGAGUUGGGGGGUUUGGACUAUGAGGAAGGCAGAAAACCUUUGUUUGGGCCUGCUGAUAAUGAGUACCAUUUAUUUGAGAAGGAUGAGGCUCUUGGUUUGGGAUCUUUAUCUGACAUAGAUGAUCUGGCAAGCACUUUUGCAAAGUUAAACAAAGUUGUAACAGGACCAAGACAUCCAGGUGUUAUUGGAGACAGAGGUUCAGGAUCCUUUUCAAGAGAAAGUUCAUCAGCUACUGAUUGGGCCCAAGACGGAGAUUUCAAUAACUGGUUAGAUCAGCAUAUGUUUGAUACAGAAUUUUCCGAGGAAGGAAAGAGGUGGUCAUCACAGCCGCAACCUUCUUCUGCUCGAUUUUCAGAAUCAAAACAACCAAAACCUUUGUACAGAACAUCGUCAUACCCAGACCAGCAGCCAGUCCAGCAUCACUUCUCCAGUGAACCAAUUGUACCGCCCAAGUCAGCAUUCACAUCAUUCCCUCCUCCUGGAAACAAGUCCCCGCAGGGCUCACCACAUCAGCUGAAUCUUUCUGCUCUUGUGGGUGGUUCCCAGUUGCCUUUUUCUGCACCAAACCUUUCUCCUUUAUCUAACUCUAAUCUUCAUAUGGCCGGUUUACCUCAUGGGUUGCAUUAUGGAGGGAACAUGCCUCAGUUUGCCAACCCUAGCCUUCCUUUCAAUAGCAGGUCACAGAAUCAUUGGGUUACGCAUGCUGGAAUAUUGCAUGGCGAUCAUUCCAGCCUCAGAAACAAUAUGUUGCAGCAACAGCUCCCUCAUCAAAAUGGACUCCUUUCCCCACAAUUACUGUCAGCUCAGCAGCAGCUACAACAGCAGAGAUUGCACCAUUCGGUUCAGCCAUCUUUGGCCCAUUUUGCUGCAAUGCAGUCUCAAUUUUAUGGUACUCACCCUUCUUCAUCACAUAAGUCAAUGCAUGGGUUGUCUGACAUAAGUAAUCAUAGACCAAAAAGAGGAAAACAUCGUUUUUCUCAAGGCUCUGAUACUGGUAGUCAGAAAAGUGAGAGUGGGUGGAUCCAGUUCAGGUCUAAGCACAUGACAUCUGAAGAGAUAGAGAGUAUUCUUAAAAUGCAGCAUGCUGCAACACACAGCAAUGACCCUUAUAUUGAUGAUUAUUACCACCAGGCAAGUCUUUCCAAAAAAGCAGCUGGCUCGCGGUCAAAACAUCCUUUUUGCCCAUCUCAUCUUAGAGAGUUCCCUUCCCGCGGCCGUAAUAGUACUGAUCAGCAUACUCAUAGUUCUGUCGACGCUCUUGGGAGAAUUCCCCUUGCUUCCAUACGUAGGCCUCGCCCCCUCCUUGAAGUUGACCCUCCCCCUGGUUCUGGCGAUGGCGAGCAGGUCUCUGAGAAGCCUCUGGAGCAGGAACCCAUGCUUGCUGCUAGAAUUGCCGUUGAGGAUGGGCUUUGUCUCCUUCUUGAUGUUGAUGAUAUUGAUCGACUGCUACAGCAUGGUCAGCCCCAAGAUGGUGGGGUUCAACUCAGGCGAAGGCGGCAAAUACUGCUGGAGGGGUUGGCUGCAUCACUUCAGCUUGUCGACCCACUUGGUAAAGGCAGCCACUCAGCGGGGCUGGCUCCAAAGGAUGACAUAGUGUUCCUACGUUUAGUUUCUCUUCCUAAGGGGCGAAAGCUCCUUUCUAAGUUUAUUCAGCUUCUCUUCCCUGGUAGUGAGCUUGCCCGUAUUGUGUGUAUGACAGUAUUCCGUCAUUUAAGGUUUUUGUAUGGUGGCCUACCUGCAGAUCCUGGAGCUGCUGAGACAACUAGUAAUCUUGCAAAGAGAGUUUCUACAUGUGUAAAUGGUAUGGAUCUUCGUGCGUUAAGUGCUUGUCUUGUUGCAGUAGUUUGUUCAUCAGAGCAGCCACCGCUCCGACCCCUUGGAAGCCCUGCUGGAGAUGGGGCCACUAUUAUCCUAAAAUCUGUUCUUGAAAGGGCAACUGUACUCUUAAGCGACCCUCACGCUGCUGGGAGCUGUAGCAUUUCUAACCGUGCCCUUUGGCAGGCAUCAUUCGAUGAAUUUUUCGGUCUUCUCACUAAGUAUUGCCUGAGUAAGUAUGAAACUAUAGUACAGUCAAUAUUUACGCAGAGUCAGCAAAGCACAGAAGCUAUUGGUUCAGAGGCAACCAAGGCGAUACAUCGUGAAAUGCCUGUGGAGCUUCUGCGUGCUAGUCUUCCUCACACAGAUGAGCGUCAACGGAAGCUUUUGUCAGAUUUUGCUCAUCGAUCAAUGCCCAUUUCUGGUCUUAAUGGCCAUGGCGGGAACGGAGGUCAAAUGAACUCUGAAUCAGUGAGGGGAUAGUUGAGGACUGCGAGUUGUCUGGGAAGGUUUGUGAAAAAUAUAAUCUUUCACCGGCAAUUCUAUGGCGGAGGUCAUAUGCAUUUACAAAGUGAAUCUGCUGGGAAUGUGGCAGGCUGGUGUGCCGGGGGUGGCACACUUGUGCGUGCAUCCCCAUCGAAGUAAUUUUAAAGGCUUCGCUUUAAUUUGUUGCUUAACUUUUUACUGUUCCGAAGUUGAAGAAAACAUGUGAUGCUCGGUUUGAUGAUGAAUGUCAUGCAAUGCAUAAAAUGUGUAAUAUGAUUCUGGACGUGAUGGGACGGGGACGGGGUCGGGAAGUUUCUGAGUCUGCAAGUUGGUUCUUCUGGGGAGCUUUAUUUUGGUGCUCUGUUGAACUGGAAGCAUAGGGAUAGAGAUGAUGUACAGAGUGUAGUCUCACAUAAACCCUCAAAACUCCUUUUGUUCCAGUUCUCUCAAUUUCUCCCGAAUUUCUAAUUCAGUUAUGUAUCUCUCUGUUAGCCAGCUUAUUAGGAUCCGCAUUACAUUC